CAUGGGGCGGCGGUUGAGGCACGUGACGGAUGUCAGCUGACCUGUCGCCUCCCUCCCGCCCGAGCGGCGGACAUGGAGUUCCUCUACGGGAACCCCUUCAGCACCCAGGUCGGACAGCGAGUCGAACAGGCAACAGAUGGCUCUUUGCAAGUCGAGGAUUGGGGCCUCAACAUAGAGAUAUGUGAUAUCAUCAAUGAAACUGAGGAAGGACCAAAGGAUGCGAUCAGGGCCUUGAAGAAGAGGCUUUCGGGAAAUAAAAACUUCCGGGAAGUGAUGUUGUGCCUGACGGUUCUAGAGACCUGUGUGAAAAACUGUGGCCACCGAUUCCACGCGCUGGUGGCCAGUCGUGACUUUGUGGAGGAUGUGCUCGUGAAAACCAUUCUGCCCAAGAAUAAUCCACCCAAUAUAGUGCAGGAUAAAGUGCUGAGUUUAAUCCAGGCUUGGGCUGAUGCUUUCCGGAGUACUCCAGAUCUCACAGGCGUUGUGACUGUUUAUGAAGAACUGAGGAGAAAGGGUCUAGAGUUCCCUAUGACUGAUCUUGAUGCAUUGUCUCCCAUCCACACGCCUCAGAGAACCACUCCUGAAGUUGACCCGGCAGCAUCACAGAAUUCCGGUGCAGUGCAGUCGGCACUGUUCCCCGUCUCUGAACAACCCAUUCCAGUAGCAUCACCAGAAGGUGGAAUUACUCCCUCCCUUGAACAGGUUGUAAAACUGCGGCGUGAACUGGAUGUCGUUAAUGGUAAUGUCAAAGUGAUGUCUGAAAUGCUGACCGAGAUGGUCCCGGGUCAAGAAGAUCCCUCUGACCUUGAACUAUUGCAGGAGCUGAACAGAACAUGUCGUGCGAUGCAACAGAGGAUCCUGGAUCUCAUCUCCAGAGUGACCAGCGAGCAAGUGACAGAGGAGCUGUUGCAUAUCAAUGACAAUCUCAAUAACAUAUUCCUUCGAUAUGACAGGUUUGAGAGAUUCAGAACUGGACAGAAUACUGCCAACCGAGUGCCCAGUGUUUCAGAGAGUGCGGACAAUUUAAUAAAUCUUACACCAAAUUCUCCUGCUGUUGUCACUCCAGUUACUGCCUCUAAUAUCUCGACACAGAUGGCGGGACUUAGUGUUACAGGAGAAAGUGGGAGUGGAAUCGGAAGCGUGCAGCCAUUGGAAAACAGUCACCCAAAAACCCCGGAAGAAGAGUUUGACAUGUUUGCACAGACUAGAAGCCAUUCCUUGGCUGAUCAGCGCAAGAGUGUAAAAUAUGAAGAACCGCAGGCAAUUGAAGGAUUGGCAGGAGCACUGGAUACACGCCAACAGAACACUGGAGCAAUGGAGAAUAUAUUGAAAGAAAAAACAACAAUAGAUAACUGGAUGUUCAGCCAAGGAAUGAUUCCAGUCACUCAGGCCAAUCUAAUGGAUGACAUUGAACAGUGGCUGUCCACAGAUGUGAAAGGUGAACUGGGCAAUGAUUCUGAAGGAGUAACAAGCGAAGAAUUUGAUAAGUUCCUGGAGGAGCGAGCGAAAGCAGCGGAGCAUCUGCCGACUUUACCCUCACCACCUACAGAGGUCCCUGGCGCCGUUAGUUCGUCCAAAAAGAAGAAGCAGGAAAAGACAGAAGAAUCCCUCUUUACCCUGUGAAACUGGACCCUGCCUCCUGCCUAUCACUAUGUAUGAAGGAUUGUAUCAGGAAAGUCCUGAGCUGUCUCUCUGCUAGGAAUCCAUUUCUUGUUUGUGAAUAGGGGAUGGUACGAAAUAAAACAAAAAAAGUACACACUUCCCAAAGGGAAGUUUCAGUUUGAAGGUGGAUCCUAUUUAAAAAAAAAAAAUUAUCUUGAAUGCUCAAAGCUCCUACAAUGGGGAUAAAGAUUAACGGGUAUCCCUUUGCUGAAGUUAUAGAGGUCAUUCAAUUAUAUAUUGAUGUCAGGAGCAGUGAGUUUAUAGCUCAUCUUCAAACUGUUUGGAAGAUAAUUUAAACUGCAGUUUUGAGAGUAUUCCUUCUCCUAAAUCUAUGUGCAGUAUAUUUAUCUUUUGUAAGCUAAACUUAGAAAUGGACUCUAAAUUAUAACUUGUUAUACUUUAAAAGCUUCGGUAGUGCUGGUGUGCCAUGGAUUCGUUGGCGUAUUGGGUAAAAUGUCCCUGUUCCAAGUUAUGCAGUCAGUUACAUGUCCACUCUUAAGUCUGAUUUAUGGGAUCUCAACGUUUGAAUUUCAAAAUGUGCUAUUAAGUGAGCAGCUGUAUUGGCAGCAUUCUUUACACCUUCAUUGUGUUACCUGUGCAGUAGGACGCCCAAUGCUCCUUCUCCCCCUGUAUCCUGAAAGCUUUUGGAACUGGCUGCAUCAAUGGAUCAGUGCAGCUCUGAAAGCUUUGGAAGCUGAAGGGCUGCCAGCUAUCCUUGGAGCCGCUUGGAAUUCACACUCUUUCACCCCAGGGCACGACUGUAAGGAAAUUAAAGAGAAAAUCAUGGCAGUACUAAGG